AGGGCGCCAUUGUACACAGUGAAGUAUUUAUUUUCCAGUGUAGAAAAGGCAAGGAAAGACAAGCUACCACUACCACAGAAAAUUCAUUUCAAUAAACCCACCGCGACGCUAACUCUUUUGGACGCAGCACUCCGACUUAUUAAGCUGCACUCUAGCCUACUACCUCUACAAAUUCGAAAUUCAAACAUGGAGCUCCUACUGAUUGCUAGCCAACCACGUAACAAUAGCACAACUCCGUAGCCGCCUGCCAGGAUUCGCUUGUUGUGCUUUGAAUUGCUGCAAUGCUCUUGUCUCCGAACUUGUGACUUCAAAGCACAGCGGACAAACUGGAGUGUGUCACGGGUGUCUUUCUGGAGGAGGGACGACUAUCAAGCCGUCGUAAGUGCUCAGAUGCUAGCAGUUGUUAUUUCGGGUCAAAACUGGACCUAACACAGUUGAACAGUCAACCUGUUUACUUCGAGUCAUUUGAAUGGGGUGGAGUGACACCGUUUUAUGACAGAACGGGGCUCUUGUCACUAAUUAAAGGACGAAGUUGAGAGACGAAAUGCUGUUCAGGAGUCAUUGGAAAUCUCGAUAUAAACGCGUAUUUGAAGGUGCUGUUGCUCGAGUCCUGCUGUGGUUGUGUGUGGCCCUGUUGGCUUGUGGCAGCAGCGCUCUGGGGGAGACCAUAAACGUGAUUCAGAAAGAUGGCGAGUUUGAUGUUAGCUAUAACGACACAGCUACGAGUGAAAAUCAAACUAUAUAUGCUUUCAAUCACACCGUCUCACGAACCAAGACGGAAGGCGUGCGUGUGUCCGUGGACGUGCUGGCGCAGAACCUCAAGAGUCCUAUCCUGUUUGUGAUACGGCAGAAGCAAGCCGUGCUCUCUUUCCAGGUCCCGCUCAUCCUCAGAGGCCUGUACCAGAGGAAGUACCCAUACAAUCAUUUAGGCCGCACAUUAUGCCAGCCUCCAACCCGGGCUGCUUCGGAGACCCAGUAUUUCUUUGUGGAUGUGUCUACACUUUCCAGCCAGGGCACAAACUACCAGCUUAGGGUCAGCCGCGUUGAGAGCUUCACGUUGCAGACAGACACGACAUUCAGCUUCACUGCAUCGCCGUCCCAACCUCAGUACUUCAAGUAUGUAUUUCCUGAAGGGGUGGACACUGUGAUUGUAAAGGUCAGAUCAGACAUGACCUUUCCCUGCUCCGUUAUGUCCAUCCAGGACAUCCAGUGCCCCGUCUAUGACCUCGACAAUAAUGUGGCCUUCAUUGGGAUGUAUCAGACGAUGACCAAAAAAGGUGCCAUCACAGUACAGAGAAAAGAUUUCCCCACCAACAGUUUUUAUGUCGUGGUGGUGGUAAAAACAGAGGAUGAGGCAUGUGGCGGUCCACUCCGCUUCUAUCCUCUGCGACCAGAUGAGUUGAUUGAUGCUGGUAACCGCAGCAAAACACUGAAUGUUGUGGUUUCUCCUGCUAUAAAGUCGGAGGUGUAUGUGAUGGGCAUGCUUUUCUGUCUGGGUAUGUUCCUCUCUUUCUACCUGCUCACUCUGUUGGUGGCCUGUGUGGAGAAGAAAAGAGCCAAGAGGAGAGAACUAUUUCAGAAUAUUGAUGACACAUCACCUGCUGAGACAGAUUCUCUGCUUGGGAAAAAAGGAGAUGUCAAGAUUGCAGCUUCACCAAAUGAAUAUGGGUCCCUUGAGAGCACAAUCAGUUCUGAAGCAAUCACUGACAGCGCCCCCUCUGUAGACAGUGCCACUUCAGCUGAAAACUACAUGGAGCGAUCUGGUUGGAAAAAUGUUGGAAGAAGCAGACAGGAGUCGUUGAGCUCCAUAGAGGAAGAUGACUAUGACACACUGGAUGACAUCAACUCGGACAAAAACAUUGUUCGCACUAAGAAGUAUCUUUGUGUGUCUGACUUGUCGCGAAAAGACAAGAGGGUCCUCAGCAAGAAAUAUCAAAUCUACUUCUGGAACAUCGCCACCAUCGCUGUGUUUUAUGCCCUGCCGGUUGUCCAGCUGGUCAUUACAUAUCAAACGGUUGUCAAUGUUACGGGUAACCAGGAUAUCUGCUACUACAACUUCAUGUGUGCUCACCCUCUGGGGGCUCUUAGUGCUUUCAACAACAUCCUUAGCAACCUCGGCUACGUAAUGCUGGGGCUGCUCUUUCUCCUCAUCGUCCUCAAGCGAGACAUCGUCCACAAUCGAGCGCUGGCCUGUAAUGAAGUUAACGCAAUGCAAUGUGGCAUCCCAAAGCACUUUGGUCUCUUCUACGCCAUGGGCACAGCUCUCAUGAUGGAGGGCCUACUCAGCGCCUGCUACCAUGUUUGCCCCAACUACACCAACUUCCAGUUUGACACAUCCUUCAUGUAUAUGAUCGCUGGCUUGUGUAUGUUGAAGCUGUACCAGAAGAGACACCCUGACAUCAACGCCAGCGCUUACACCGCCUACGCCUGCUUAGCAGCAGUCAUCUUCUUCUCUGUGCUCGGAGUGGUGUUCGGGAGAGGAAACACUGUGUUUUGGAUCAUUUUCUCAGUCAUCCACAUAUUGGCCACACUUCUCCUUAGCACACAGCUCUACUACAUGGGCAGAUGGAGGCUUGAUUCUGGUGUCCUGCGCAGGAUGGUGUACAUAGUCUACACAGAUUGCAUUAGACAAUGCACUGGGCCCAUGUACAUUGAUCGCAUGGUUCUGCUGGUGAUGGGGAACAUCGUCAACUGGUCUCUAGCUGCCUAUGGCCUCAUCGAGAGGCCCAAUGACUUUGCCUCUUACCUACUGGCUAUCGCCAUUUGCAACCUUCUGCUCUACUUCGCCUUCUACAUAAUUAUGAAGCUGCGCAGUGGUGAGAGAAUCCAGUGUCUGGCUAUGGUGUGUAUUCUCUUCACGGCUGUGGUGUGGGGCUUUGCGCUCUAUUUCUUCUUCCAGGGUCUCAGCACCUGGCAGAAAACACCGGCAGAAUCCCGUGAGCACAACCGAGACUGCAUCCUGCUUUCAUUCUUCGAUGAUCACGACAUUUGGCACUUCCUCUCGUCCAUCGCCAUGUUCGGAUCCUUCUUGGUUCUGCUCACCAUGGAUGAUGACCUUGACUCUGUCCAGAGAGACAAGAUCUAUGUGUUCUAGACCGAACGGAUCUGAGAAGCGGUCUCGUCAUUUGCCUUACUGUCCUUUUUGGUCUGUCCAUGUCCCGAAGCAGAGCUAGUAGCCAUGCAAGCCGUCAAUGCGCACGGCCCAAUCAGCUGCUCAGGGCGGAACGGUUGACUUCUCGAUAUUCUUGUACUUGUUUACUGUCUACGUUGUAGAUAACAUAGGUUACUAUGCUGAAAUGCCAAUCUACAUACUUGUGAAUAUUUAUGGUUCAUGGAACAGUUGUUCCAUUGACUGACUGAAAAUGAAUGUUUAUACGCUGUAUGGGUCAAAUGUGUUUUGACAAACAGCAGUGACAGUCAGUGUUGUGACCAGUUGAGUCACAAAGAAGCCAGCCAACCCAACUACUUUGCCAUGAUUGUAUCAGA